AUGACUUCGCUGCCGCCCGUGCCCCCACUUCCAAAACCUCAACUGGAACAACUUCUUCCCGGUGUCUCCCUUGUUCUACCACUAUCUAGGAGAGGCACAGGACCUGGGUUGAUCUUGGUGCUUCCUGAUCUUGGAAGAUCUAUUCUCUCAAUCGAAAAUGGAAUUCCGUCGCCAGUGAUCAAAUGGACCGAAGAAAGCUACAUUGUAGCCGCGAUUGAUGAGUCCGUUCUUGAGAGCUCCGAACAAGGAGGAGAACUGCUUGUUGAGGUCGCUCGUACUCUGAAUGAAAACCCUCUGUGCGACAUCAAAGAUCGAGUUGGAUUAAUAUUAUACAGUGCCCGCGCGUGGUCUCUUGUGGCACCAGUUGUUACAAAAGUACCGGCGAUCAAGGCUACGGUGAUAUAUGGGAGUAUUGAAGACUCUGAAAUUUUUACCAGGUUAUCUAUUCCCAUGGUCCAACAUCUAGCAGGAAUAGCCGCGCCAAACACGCUUCAAAGACGCAAAGACUUUAUGCAAUAUAGUUACACUGAGACGACGAGUGCGUCUUUCAGCAUUCCGUUCCAGCCAGACUUUCAUUACAAUGCCGAAGCAGUUUCGCACACUCGCAAUCUCUCCUUUUUGAAAGAAAUUAUGGGAGGUCCAUUUUUCGACCUUGAGCAAAUUUGGGAUGAGCACACAUACUAUGAGUUUGAAAACCGCUCCGUUGAACAUACAAUGAGUACGAUGGUCCAAGAGCCAUACGUUAAUCAUGUCCCUACACUUACUGGCGGAAUCGGGCGCAAAGAGUUAACGGAAUUUUAUCGUGACCAUUUUAUUUACAAGAACCCCAAAAACACCACCCUAGAGCUGAUCAGCCGAACGAUCGGCAUUGAUCGCGUGGUCGACGAAUUUAUUUUCAAAUUCUGUCAUGAUACGGAAAUGGACUGGCUAAUUCCGGGUAUCCCACCUACGCAUCGCGACAUGGAAAUUCCAUUCAUGGCGGUAGUCAAUAUUCGUGGAGAUCGUCUUUAUCACGAGCACAUUACCUGGGACCAGGGAACUGUUUUGAUGCAGCUAGGCUUGAUGCCGACCCAUCUUCUUCCUGCUACGAAUGAGCCAAAGAUCGAAAAGGCCCAGGAUGGAUACAAGACUCCCGCCUUUGGAAAAGAGACUUCUGCCAAGCUAAGGGACAAGAAUUCUAUGCCUUCAAACGUCAUUCUUGCCAACUUGUUGUCUGGAGCAAAUGCACUCAGAGAAGCCUGA